GCUAAAAUAAUAUGUUUAAUUAAUAAAUUAUGCACAUGGUUUUAACCGGUGCACAAGGCGGGAGUUAGCUCAACUGCUGUAGUUCAAUUACAAUAACAUUUGUUUCAUCCGAUAACUUCAGAAUUUUUCUUUUAGGUUCAGUUUUUUGUUUUGUUUAUAGAAUAUCACCAUAUAUUUAAUACCCAGAUGUGCAUAAUUGUUGUAGGUUUGGAUGACCCUUUGUUCUGCCUAGUUUUAAUGUAUCGAUUUGAUGUUGACCAACAAAAAACUCGAUAAUUCAUGUAAUGGUAUAGUUAAGUCUAAUGUGCAAUUUUGAUUAGUAUAGAACGCAGCCGUAGAGGUACACUUGCGCAGUUUUAACCCAACUGAUGUGAGUGCCUCACUAACCCGCCGUGGAAGCAAAUUUGCCGCAAUCUCAAUAUUCUUAUUGAGAUCCAUGAAGGCGUUUGACCAAUAAUCUGGGUCAAAUGGCGAAAAGUUUUCUUCUUCCGCAAGUCUUGAGUGUAACCACAGGUUUAAAGAGACGGCGCGUCUUCAUGACGUCGGUUUCUUUUGUUACCAACCUCCGCUGGGCGGGGGGGCCCAGCUAAAGUGUUACAAUCUCUCUCUCUCGCUCUCGCUCUCGCUCUCCCUUCCCCCCUCCCCAACGAUAACUUAAGUGUUAAUUGGUGAUAAGCUUCGAAGUUCAGCCGGACCACCAUAAGGUAUAUUUAUUACCGACCAUAAACUUCAAAACUUUUACGGUGGGGGGAGGAAAGGUCAGGUUUUUAACGUUAAUCUAGCUUAAUUGCAUAUUAAACCGGAGGCUUGGCCGUCGUUUGCCAGGGAGUUCAAAUUGGAUUAAUUCCUCUCGGCCCGGUUCAUUUCACGUUUGACAUAGGAGUGAAUCAAAGUGUGGACAACAUCAAAUGCGAGCAAUAGGUAGAAUAAAUGAAGAUUAGGUCAUCCAAUAUACAUAGUUAGUGUAGGACAAUCGGGUAGUAUGAUGAAGGUAGCUGUUAUUAUGAGAUACGGUUAACACAGAAGUGAUAUUGAACAUGCAAAUUUUAACAUUGUUAUUUCCCUUUUACAUCUUUUUGGUUAUAGCAACUUGGUUGCACUACGGCGUGGUUAGCUUUGGUUGUCAUUCAAUGCGCAUGGCUGAAGCAAUGCGCAAGGAGGGAUGUAGUGUGAAAUUAAACCAAAGUAGAUACUGUAAAACAAUUAAAAUUAGAAUUCAUGGAAAUAUGUUUUUGAACAACUAACUGCUGUACAUGAGUUUGUAUUUCUGCAAUAGAAGCAAAAAGUUCCAGAACCAGAUGCAGACACACACGGAGCCUACAAACUACCACCGCCGAGCAAGGACUAACAGUCACAUGAGGAGAUCAAAUAACAGCAGGAUUUGAAUCGCACCGGAUGGGUUGGUGGCCAGGGCGCUGGUAUGAUUACAAUCCCUCAGGUUAGAAUUGGCAGAGAACUCCGGCAUUAAUGACCCUUUCACAGGAUGGAUGGAGAAUAUGUUUGGGAGGUGGAAAGGCAGAAUCCAGUGCCCGUCGCGGGAAUAAAUGCAGAGACCGUGUUAAUUGUCACCGGCUGCCGUAUUCCCUGCGCACGAGGGCUACUGCAUCUGCUGAUCACCACAGCAGUGGGCGCUACAGAAGUGCCAAGUGCCAUUCAGGCUUACAUUACCUGAGGGGCCCGACCCUAUCCAGCUGUAAUAUGUAGAAUAGUCAACACCUAUACUAUUCUAGUAGAAUCGACUGUAUUUAAGAUAAUCAAUAUCCCGGAUUUACUUGAAUAACACAUUUUAAAACAACCAUACCAGACUAUGUUUGUUAUUGUGUAGUGUUGCUUGGUUGCGAGUGCAACCCGUUAUUUCUGAAUCGCUGCAUUGAUAAUGGUACUGUUGAUCUUCUUUAAGCCGGUUGUUUUACAGGCCACCUGUUACUGACACGACGACGACGGAGAACCUGUUUGGAGGCUCCCAUGAUGUAGGAGUAACCGCUCUGAGUUGAGCCCUUGACAAGGAGGGACGAGUCUUGGGUUUAUGAAUUACAGGCCCGACGGCGACAGAAGAAACAAUGGCUACGAUAAUAACAACGCCCAAAACCACCCACGUGCGAACCAAUCCACGAAGAUUACCUGAACCACCCGAAUCCAUGCGAGGCUAUCAAUAAUCUUGAAUUUUUUAAAAUUGUAUUAUGACUACCAAUUUUUACUUUACUUUUGCACAUGAUGAAAAUUGUAUGACCUUGUAGCACAUGACCAAAAGUAUUAGCUCAGGAUUUCUAUGAAUAGUUUUGUUUGUGUGCUGUUUGGCCAUGUGAUUGUAUGAUAACAAGAUUUAUGUUCAUUGUUGUAUUGUUAAAUAAUGACCUGUAUUCCCAAUGAGACCCACAAGGUGAAUGCCGUCUCAGUAUUAUGAGCGUGUUGUGUUUUUUUCCUCUAUUCAAGAGUUUUCCACACGGUUGAUGGUGUUGAUGAUUGAUCCUAAUUUGACUAUGUUUUCGGUGUGGUAAAUGGUGUUUAUGAUUUAAAAUAUUAUUGUAUGGUCAUCUAAGAUGACCAAGGAGGGAUUGUUACGUAUUUUAAGAAUCUAAGCUACCCACACAUAGACCAAAAUGAAGCAGGACCAAACAUAUAAGCCGUAAAUACUAUACAUAGCCACUAGGGGAGCAAGACCUUAUUGAAGGCGGCUCCACCACAGAAGGCAUCACCUGAAGAAGCCGAAGCCACCACGCCCACUAGGCCACGCCCACUUGAUGGUCCCUUACCUGUGCACACUACCAGAAGGGACCAGAGAUUUUCAGCGACACCCGCGAAGGGUCACGGGCCGCUGCCCGUGGCCCAUAGUAGCCAGAGUUAUUAUCUCUCACACGUGUUCUACACGAUUCCUAGAAUUCCCUCCGUAUAGCUUCACUUACCAUGCCGAAACAUGCCGACGACUUUAUAAUAAAUGAAGUGAGUUCAAAGCAACCCGGGAUUGGACAACUUUCUUCGAGAAUAUGCAAUAAGAGUAAAACUAUGUCUUUCAGGACGCACCGACAUGAUAACGCUUCAUGCUCGUGGUUGGAACAUGGGAAAGGUGAAAGUCUUGCACAGAUACCUCGCCAAAAGAUAUGUCAAGUCUAAGCAGAGGGCAGUUGCUGUGGGCAAGGAACUCCAAAACCUUUUGACAACACUGCAGACAACUCAAGUGGAGAUGAAGCAGUGGGUGAAGGAGGUUGAGGAGUGGGCUGCAUCCAGUCCAAAGUCCACCAAUUGCCAGGACCAACAGGGGCUGCAGCGGGUCAUGGAGGGCCUUGUCCUAAAGAUCAAGCAACGUAAAGCUGAGCUGUACAGAGACAUAGACAAUAAUAAAGAUCGCAGGCCAAAACGGGACCUUAUUACGAAGGAGAAACACAAACUGGAGGAGGCAAUUGCUUCGGACAACAGUCUUGUACCUGACACGGCGGCUGUUGAUACAGCAGAUGCCAUUCUCAGUCAGGAAUUCCCCAUUUGGCCAUGGGAUUCUGCAUCCACAAUCCCCCUCGAGACCAAGAAGGUGGUUUUGGACAAAACCAUGCUGCUGUCUCGACUCGAGGAAGAGGAUGGGAUUCUCAUUAAGGAGAUGAGGAACCACUGCCGCUACCUGACUGGAUCCUCAAAAGCGGUCAAAAGAGAGAUCCAUCAGAUUGAGGAGGACCUGUCUAACCACAGCUCUCCUCCUCCUAACAUGUCCUUGCAGGCCUAUGAGGGGCUGAAGUGCUUGUUGCAACAAAAGCUCCAGGGGUUGACCAAACAGAUGGAUGAGGCCUUCAGGAAUGUAUUGACAGACCCCACUGCGCUUCAGGAAGAGAUUGAAGGCAUAGAGGAGAUGGAGGAGGAGGGGGAGAUUCCAUUGUCCCUCGACGAGACUGGCUCUGACGAUGCUGAAUAACACGUCUCUGCAGGAGCAGAUUGAGCGGAAGGAGGGAUAAUUUGACAAGAUAUGUUGUAAAAAUGUUUAACUGGCCUCAUCGCAUAAUAUAAUCUAUAAAAACAAACUGUUCAAAAUGUUGUGUUGAGCUUGUGAUCUUGUUGCAAUCUGUAAUGUCUCAGCAAAAGUUUGGUGAUAGUUUUACAUAGCCUAUUUAAUUUUUGAGAGUACACAGGUGUGCUGUAUUGAGUGGCUUAUGUUUAGUACCAAAUUUGUUAAGAGGGAAGUUAACACCGAACCCUUCAGAAGAGCCAACUGCAUUCAAACCCUAUGUGAAUCUUAUUCUCAGUCCCCAACACUGUUGAAAUUGCAUACUGCUGAAUUGUAUGAUCAAGAGAAGAGUUGAAGAAUUGAGUAAAACCCUUACAGUGAAAUUAGCUAAUUAGGCUUUCUAGAAUGAAGAUGUAAUGUCAAUGUAGACACACAUGUUGUUGCUAUUCCGUCAGGACAGUUAAAAGCCAAGUAGUACUUCCUGUGCCACAUAAGAGCGGUCCGAGUAAAACCCAUAAAGGCUAGCCGACUACUUUUUAUAUACUUUAUAUAAAAACAAAACAAAACUAUCGAUUUGAUCUGCUGCAAAUUGGGCUACAUUGCAGUUUUGCCAGCGCACUAAAUAACUGCAUGACGGCCUACCUACGUCCUGUUUAACACCUACACGGGCUGCAGUGCGUCACCCUAUACUGGACAUUGGGGUACACUACAGACAUAAAUAGGAAGCACACUCAGGAGAAGGAAUGACCUCACACAUGUGAUAAUUAAUUGUUUCAAAUAACCCUGCCUCGUUAAAUCAAUGAGCUUGGUGUUUGGCGUUCACAAAUAGGUUAAAGCUGCAUCAAUAAAAUCUCUAAACUCUAAAAUGCGGAAAAUAUAAACAUUUUCCAAGGUGCCCUUUUGAAGGACUCCUUGGAAUAUUUCCUAGCCAGCGGACCCUAGUUUACGACAAAAACAACAAUUGAGGCAGCUCCUUUGCCGCCCAAGUGGUUUGGAGCCAUGUCGAGCAGAGGGGGCUAACAACAACCGUAGCGAACGUAAGAGUCACGUGACGCGAUUUUUGUCACGUGGCAAAAAAACGUAGGCAUGUCACAUGUUUAAAGCCUUUAUUUUAUUUCAUUCAUUAAAUAUUAAAAUAUACA